ACUUGUCAUCCAACUGUUUAAAUGCCAUCUAAACCCCUCGCCAGCUUUUGACCACUUCUCUCUCUCUCUCUCUCUCUCGCACACACACACACACACACACACACGUUCAUAAUCCAAUACAUUCAAAACGGCGCAGGAUCGAUAAUGAUGGAGUUGUUUGAAACCAAUCCCUUUUACUGCCACGAUCAGCGGUAUCUGGUUGGCGAGAGCAUGGUUUUUACACAAUUGGAUGGGACUGCCGUGUCUCCCCUCUACCCAGGAAGCGAGGACGGUUUGUCCCCAGUCGGAGACGCUGGCCAAGCCGAGCCCAGCUGUGACAGCGGCGGCGAGGAACACGUGUACGCGCCGCCGAGUCUCAAGUCCCACUGCCCCGGACAGUGCCUGAUCUGGGCAUGUAAAGCGUGCAAGAGGAAAUCGGCCACGACCGACAGAAGGAAGGCGGCGACUCUCAGGGAGAGGAGGAGGCUCAAGAAAAUCAACGAGGCUUUCGAGGCGUUAAAGCGCAGGACAGUGCCAAACCCUAACCAGCGGCUCCCCAAAGUGGAGAUUCUCCGCAGCGCCAUUCACUACAUCGAGAAGCUCCAAGAUCUGCUGCAAAGCCUGGACCAGCAGGAUAAGCUGCAGGAGAACGUGGGGUCGAUCAACACUUGCAAUGGCUCCCAUUCACUGAUGGACGCUGCAGAUCACUGGGGAACAAACACCUGUCCUUCUGGAUGGGCAAACUUGUCUGACCAUUCCAACAUCCCAAACAAACUACACAAAGAAGGAAACAACUUGGAAUCAUCAGGAACCAGCAGCCUUCGUUACCUGACCUCAAUAGUAGACAGCAUUUCCACGGACGAAUCCACUGCACUAUACAACCAAGACUCAUCUGCAAAGUAAUCAUACGCUCCGAUUGGAAAUAUAUACAGAUGGUUUGCUAUACUGUACUCGCUUGCCCCAUAUCGUUUUGCUGUGUUGUACCAGGACAAAAUAUUGUUAUACCUAGUGAACAUAUCGAUCUUUAGAAAAACAAAUAAUCAUUCCCUUUCGUAGAAGGAAAAGGCCAAAAAUCAUUUAUUCGACCAAGGUUAAUUCUAAAGCAACCGUUUGAAUCACAUAAUGCGUUGUAAAUAUGUUUGUAAAAAAACCCAGCGUGCGUAUAUCCACUGACAUUUCAUAAUUUUAUAAGAUAUCUUUGUUUUAAGCAAUAUGUAUUGAACUUAUAUUGUAAAAUCGGAAUAAAAUCCUUUAUUUGAUGUUUA